UAAAGUGUUCUCUUUACCAAUUUAACACUACGGCUUGCGUUGGGUUUGGCACUUUAAGUUAAACCUUUUUUUUAAAUAGAAAGUGAUAUUAUAACAGUGACAAUUUAACUUAACCAGCGUAAAGUCAUCGUCGUCGUCUUAUGAGGGGAAGAUGAGCCAGGAGAACCCAGAGGAGGUGAAAGUGCUGGAGGCCCAGAUUGAGUGUCUCCAGGCUGAAGUUGCAGCACUACAGCGGCAACAAAAGGAGCACCACAAGGACAUGACAUUUCAUUUUAAAGGACAAAUACAGGAUGCCCUGUUGUAUAUGUGUGGACAGAGACAAGAAGAAGGGGAGAAGGUGCUGUCCAAGUUGAUGGAGGAGGUGGAGAAGCUGGAAGAGGAUCUGGAGCGACAAACACAGAUGAACCGCAUCAGUCUGAAAAGCUGCACAACAAAGACUCUGCAAAGCAGUGGCAGUAAGCUGGUCCAGCAGCUCAGUGUGUCAGGUCACUGCUCUGAAAUGGCCUUCCAGGUGGAGUUCAAGCUUUCUGAGAACAAGGAGGGUGAGAGGUCUGAGAGGAGGAUCACUGAUCUAAAUGUGGUGAUGGAUGCCAGUGACUUACAGACCUUCAGCAGCUUCCUGUCUGAGGUGGAGGAGAGCAGGGAUCUUCUGCUGUUCUUCAGAACUCUGAGGACUUUCUCUGACAGAAGUGAUGACCGGUGCAGAACGUUCCAGCACUUCCAGCUGGAGGUCAGAGGGUCACACCUGAAGAUCUGGGAUUAUCCGUGUGGUUUUUACAUCUGGAUGGAUUAAUGGAUACAACUGACA